AUGCCGCUCGGGAGCCCGCCUCGACGAGGGCGAGCGUCCUGGAGUAAGUCUCCAGACACGCCCACCACUACGAACGCAGGUGCCAUUGGUGGGUAUGUGUUCCGGCAGCCAGUGGCUUCGCGUAAUGCACACAGCGUCCCUGGUGGCGUCGCACAACUGGGCCGCACCCUAUCACAACUCUCACAGACCACAGGCGCAAAGACACAACAGCUCGCCUAUCUGCAACAACAAUGGCAGUAUCUGGUCUGGGUCAAGGAGGUUAAUAGUACCUCUCUGCGCUCCAUGACCCCGCCAUCUUGA